UUCCACUUGUAUAUCUGUGGGAUUUGUUUAUGCUUGAAUGUGAAGCGUGUGUGAAUUCUGUGCAUGAAGCGGGUUGAAAAUGUCGUCUACGGACUUCUACAUCCGUUAUUACGUUGGCCAUAAAGGUAAAUUCGGUCAUGAAUUCCUGGAAUUCGAAUUUAGGCCGGAUGGGAAACUACGAUAUGCAAAUAACUCAAAUUACAAGAACGAUACUAUGAUAAGAAAAGAAGCAUAUGUGCACAAUUGUGUUAUGGAAGAGCUAAAACGCAUUAUUCAUGACUCGGAGAUAAUGCAGGAAGAUGAUUCGUUGUGGCCGCAGCCCGACAGAGUUGGAAGACAGGAGCUGGAAAUUGUCAUUGGCGAUGAGCACAUCUCCUUCACGACUUCGAAGACUGGGUCAUUGGUUGACGUUAACCAGUCGAGAGACCCCGAAGGACUGCGCUGUUUUUACUAUCUAGUGCAAGACCUCAAGUGUUUGGUAUUUUCACUGAUCGGUCUUCACUUUAAAAUUAAGCCCAUAUAGACGGCUUACAUCAUAUCAUGUGCUGUCUCGGAACGACGGGCAGUUUUAUAGAACUGUCGCAUUGCUUGUAAUCUGUUAUUUAAAUGAUUUAUAAACCAACAAGAAACGACUUCUCAGUGAAUUUCUAGUUUUAUUGUGAUUGUAAAAUACUUUUUUGUAUUUGAAAUAAAUAUGACAGACUUGAAGCAGCUGGAA